AUGGUGCUGCGGCUGGCAUGCGGAUUGUGGCUGCUCGCGGCAGUGUCGGUGGCGUUCUCGCUCACCUGCGACGAUUUGAAUGAGCGCAUCCUGGUCCCAAAUGGAAAAUCCUGCAGCAAGGCGCCGGAGGGCAGCUGCUCGUCGUACUACCAGGACAAGGGUCAAGGGAAGUACAAGCUGUGCCACGGGCCGGGCGGCACUAAGUGUGCUUCUACUACGGUAUCAGGCUGCUCGGUGCCGCUCACCUGCGACGACCUGGCGGGGCGCUCUCCAGUCCCAGGCGGCAAGGGCUGCAGCAAGGCGCCAGAGGGCAGCUGCUCAUCGUACUACCAGGACAAGGGUCAAGGGAAGUACAAGCUGUGCCACGGGCCGGGCGGCACUAAGUGUGCUUCUACUACGGUAUCAGGCUGCUCGGUGCCGCUCACCUGCGACGACCUGGCGGGGCGCCUCCCGGUCCCCAAUGAGAAAGGCUGCAGCAAGGCGCCAGAGGGCAGCUGCUCGUCGUACUACCAGGACAAGGGUCAAGGGAAGUACAAGCUGUGCCACGGGCCGGGCGGCACUAAGUGUGCUUCUACUACGGUAUCAGGCUGCUCGGUGCCGCUCACCUGCGACGACCUGGCGGGGCGCUCUCCAGUCCCAGGCGGCAAGGGCUGCAGCAAGGCGCCAGAGGGCAGCUGCUCAUCGUACUACCAGGACAAGGGUCAAGGGAAGUACAAGCUGUGCCACGGGGUGGGAGAUGCAAAAUGUGGCUCUACAGAGGUAAUUGGCUGCUUGUCUCCCUCACCCAACGCAGCGCCGCUGCCGCCACCGCCCACGCCCGAAGGCCCAGCUUGCUGCACUGCCGCCGCACAGACCUGCGGGGAAACUUGCGCUCCGUGCUAUUCUUGCUUCAUGUGCGUUGGUCCGCAGCUCCUCCUCCCAUUAUGCUGGCCCUGCGCCUUCUGUGCCACGUGCUUGACUGACUGCGCAGAGUUCAUCCCCUGCUUCGCCUCCGAGCCCGAUUGCACCAACACGCUCAUCCACGGCGGACGGCUCCGCGACUGGAAGAUGGGGACCGAGACGUGCUCGUCGCCACCGUGCCCGCUGCUGCUUGUUUUUCACGCCGCAGCAAUGAACGCUGACGACAUGAUGACGUACACGCAGAUGAACACCAAGGUGAACGAGCACGGCGGUGCCAUUGUUGCCUACCCCAACGGCUUGGGUGUCGCCUCUGGUUUUAUCGGAAGGCGCAGGUUGUAUGUGCCAGGAGGUGUUUCCUGCUGGAGUGUACCGUACGCGGACAGGUCCAUGCUCGGUUUCGCGUGCAAUAAUGAGACCGUUCAGGAUGACGUGGGCUUCAUCAAUGCGCUCCUCGACACGCUUAUGUCUCGCUACUCGAUCGACCCUGGUCGCGUCUUCGCUACUGGCUUUGUAUUGGGCGGGGGGAUGACGAUGAAUCUCGCGUGCCAUCUCUCUCACCGCAUUGCCGCCUUCGUCACGGUAUCCCCUGGCCCUAUGACUGCGGCACUGCACAUCUUCAAUGGGUUGAUCAGCGAAGAUGACGGUGACCUAGCUCUGACUGUGGAGCAAUGGAGCUGCCCCUGGAACGGUCGACGAGGGCAAAUUCCCCUCAUGAUCAUACAUGGCACGGCCGACAAUCUCCUCCCGUUCGAGCCCUCGGUCCGGACGGCGCGGUGGUGGGCGACAAGCAUGGGCUACACGCAGGUCGAGUACCCUGGCUACCCCUGUGGCAGCUUCUCGUGCACCAGCACGGUUUGGACCGCGGGGGGUGCCUCGCCCGACGCCGACGACCUUCCCACACCUCUCGUGGCGCACAUAGCUGUGCACGGUGGCGGAAGCGACUGGGACCAACUCCCAGGCUUGGCCUACUUUGAAAGCGACUUCCAGGCUUGCACAUCGGGCUGCUUUGGCACCUCCGACCUGGCCCUCGAUUUCCUCUUCCGCUAUCGUAGCCCGCCGGCGCCGCCUUCACCACCGACGCGAACGGGGUGCCAGUGGGACGCGCCGUGGAUCGAGGAGUGCGCCGCCGGAUGCUGUUCCGACGCGCACGUGUGUGGUGGCGGCCACGAGAUGAUGACCAACCCUCCGUGCUGGGAGUGCCUCGACCAGUUGGACGGCAUCUGUGCGCCCUGCUGGGAAGAGGGCUGCCUACCUGCCUGCGCAGAUUGUUACAUUAAGCAGCCACCGUCGGCCCCCGCUCCGCCUAUGCCACCGCCACCGCUGGGCUGCCGGUGGGAGAAUGAAGAGUGCGCCGCCAAUUGCUGCGCCAGCACCGGCGAUGCCGCAAUUUGCGGCGGGAGGCACCCCUCAUUUGACAACCCUCCGUGCUGGGAGUGCCAAUUCAACAUGGACGGCGCCUGCGCGCCGUGCUGGGAGCAUUGCCUCCCCGCGUGCGCCGCGUGUUACACAGAGCUGCCGCCGUCCCCGACGCCGCCACCCCAGCCGCCUUCUCCACUCGGCUGCCGGUGGGACCUCGACGAAUGCGCCGCCAUGUGUUGCGCGAACACCGGUGACGCCGCGCUUUGCGGUGGUGGCCACCCCUCGUUCACGAACCCUCCGUGCUGGCAGUGCCAGGACAAGAUGGACGGCACCUGCGCGCCGUGCUGGCAACAUGGAUGCCUACCGGGUUGUGGCCCUUGCUAUAGAUAG